CUCGCUCUCUCUCCUUGCUGGCGUCUGCUGUGUUUACCGAUGAGAGCUGUCUUGUGCGGUGCCUUGCGUAGCGUGGCUCUCUUAUCUAAGACGGCAAGAGUCUGUCCAUCUGCUGCUGGUGGUGGUGUCUUCACGAGCUCGCGCUACAGCAUCGCAACACCUUUAAACCGCUGCAUCUUUAGUAGAUUAUUGAGUAUCACCAGCACCAUGCCAACACCUCAGGGAAUCAAUGGGUUGUAUGACUUUCAGAGGGUGACUCCAGAAGAUAUUGAAAAAGACACUGAGAAACUUAUUCUCAGGCAACGAACAGCUUAUGAUAACAUUGCGUCACUGCCGCUGGACAAAGUUACAUAUGAAAAUGUUAUCAAGCAACUUGCAGAUUUAAUGGCAGAGAGAACGACACUGGGGUCUCCGUUGGAUUUCCCCCAACAUGCAGCAACGGACAAAGCUGUGCGGGAGGCGUCCAGUACGGCGGAGCAGAAGCUUGAAGAAUUUGAUGUAGAGAUGAGCAUGCGGAAGGAUAUCUUCGACCGUGUUGUGGCCUUUAGAGAUAAUAAUGGUUUGGAGGGCUUCAGCGAUGAGCAAAAGAGGCUCGUUGCCAAGCUUAUCCUUCAUGGCAGACGCAAUGGUCUUCACCUGUCGGAAGAAAUACAAUCGGAGGUCAAGAAAAUAAAGAUGCGCAUGUCAGAACUGAGCAUCAAGUUCCAACGUAAUCUAAACGAAGACAAUACGAAGCUCUUCUUCACCAAAGAAGAACUAGCCGGCAUGCCUGAUGACUUUGUUAAUGAACUUACUCAGGGUGAAGAUGGCAAAUUAGAAGUAACGAUGAAAUACCCACACUUGUUCCCUAUUACUAAGAAGUGCCGUGUGCCAGACACUAGAAGACUAAUGAUCACUGCCAGUCAAUCCAAGUGCAUGGAAGAGAAUACUCCUAUUCUUGAAGAGCUGAUUACUCUACGGCAAAAACAAGCUAAUUUGUUGAAUUAUAGCAAUCAUGCUGCAUAUGUAUUAGAGGAGCGCAUGGCUAAAACCCCCGACAACGUGGCUCAAUUUCUUUCGGGACUCUCUGAAAGGCUCCAGCCCUUGUGGCAGCAAGAGAGGUCUGAUAUGCUCAAGCUGAAGAAAGAUGAGUGUGAAAAGUAUGGGUAUGAAUAUUCGGGUAAACUGGACUUCUGGGACUUUCGAUAUUAUAUGAACCAGAUAGAAGAGAAGAUGUAUGCUGUUGAUCAAAAUGAGGUACGGCAAUAUUUCCCUCUAGAAAAAGUUACAUCCGGUUUGCUACAUAUCUAUCAAACUCUUCUUGGACUUCAGUUCACUCAAGAGCCAGAUGCAGACACGUGGCAUGAGGAUGUCAAAUUAUAUCGUGUGAAUGACUUGAAGACUGGAGAGCACAUGGGCUAUUUCUUCCUGGACCUGUACCCUCGGGAUGGCAAGUUUGGGCAUGCUGCCAUCUUUCCUCUUCAGCCUUCGUGUGUUGCUGCUAAUGAUGAGCGACAGGUUGCAGUGUGUGCAAUGAUGUGUAACUUCACUAAACCCACUAAAGAUAAACCAGCUCUGUUGGAUCACUCGGAGGUAGAGACCUACUUCCAUGAGUUUGGUCAUGUGAUGCACCAUAUCUGUGCACACGCCACCUUCUCUAUGUUUGCUGGAACGCGUGUAGAGAGAGAUUUCCUUGAGGCUCCUUCACAGAUGUUGGAGAACUGGGUGUGGGAGAAGGAGCCUCUAUCUCUUAUGUCUGAACAUUAUCAGACCGGUUCUCCACUUCCUGAUGAAAUAGUUGAGAAACUAGCCAAGUCUCGCAAAGCAAAUGCUGGAGGGUUCAAUUUAAGACAGAUCAUUUUAGGAACUUUUGACCAAACUAUUCACACCAGAGGACAGGCGGAUACGAAGUCUCUGUUUGCUCAAACCUACCGUGACAUCAUGGGCAUUGAGCCCAUUCCCAAUACUAAUAUGCCUGCGAACUUUGGACAUCUUGCGGGUGGAUAUGAUGCUCAAUAUUAUGGUUAUCUGUGGAGCGAAGUGUUCUCGAUGGACAUGUAUGAGAGUCGGUUCAAGAAAGAAGGCAUAAUGAAUCCUGCAGUAGGAAGUGACUAUCGCAUCCGUAUCCUACAACCUGGUGGCUCGAAAGAUGCUGCGGAUUUACUGAGAGACUUCUUGGGUCGCGAUCCCACUCAUGAUGCUUUCCUCCGCAGCAAGGGGCUACAGGCAUAACAAAAUAAUGUUUAGAAAAUUGCUGACCAUUUGAAAAUUUUAAUUCAGAUGAAGAAGCUACUUACAUUAGAUUUUACAAAACUUUUAU